AUUUUAGAAUUAUUUUAAACCGUAGAGAGAGAAUACUCCCUCUACGUUUUAAACAGUAAUCUAUGGUCCUUUCAUUGUUUGUUGUUAAUUGCUAAUUGUUCAUAGAUAAGAGUGUAUUUACAGGAAUAGGUACUCUUUGUUUGCUUUGUUGUUAUCAUAGAUAAAUAAAUGUUGUUAUCGUAGUUAAUAGUUUUCGUUAGACCUAAAAAAUACAAACAAUAAAACAACUUGUUGAUAAAACAACUAUAUUAAAUAAAGAAUUAAACCAAAGAAAGUAACUUAAAAAUUUAAAUCUAAUAUCAGUAUUUCUAGAUUCAAAUGGAGCUGUGAUCGUGAUUUGUAAUAAAAAGGUGUAAGAUAUGCCGUAGUGGUUUUAGUUUCUUGGAUGUGAAUGACAUUGUUUAGGUUGUUUUUGUUAGUGCUGUUUUAUUAAUUGUGAAUUAUGAAUGCCGUUGAGAGAAACGAUAAAAAUCGCAUAAACAUGAAUAGAACAAAUAUCCAAACAAAUGGUAAAAAAAGAUCAAAUGUAUAUACACGUACCUUUUCGGCGCCACUAAUCGGUGUAACUUUGUUGAUAUCAUUAUUUCUGAUGGUGUAUAUUGCUAUACAUAAGAAAGAAGUAAAGCCCAUUCCAGUGGAAAAUUCUUUAAAUUAUCUAUAUUACAUGAAUAAAACCAUGAGAAACCAAGAGAUGUUUGAUAAAAUUUCCAGAAGUGAUAAGGUUGUUUCAUGUUAUUACGCCAUACCAAAUUCACAAACAUCUGACCAAUUAAUUCCAUCAAAUAUUCACCCACACCUCUGUACUCAUAUUAAUGUUGCUUUUGCACUAAUUAGAAAUAAAAACAUUUAUUUAGAUAGUGAACAAUAUAAGACUUUGUCUGAAGUUGUCUUGCUUAAAAAAAUAAACCCAAAAUUAAAAGUAUUGCUCUCUAUUGGAGGAGCCAAGAAUGACAAUGGAUUCUCAGACAUGGUUAUUGAUCAUGCCUCAAGAAAAACCUUUAUUAAAAGUAUUAAGGGUACUUUGAGAAACUAUACAUUAGAUGGCAUCGACUUAGACUGGGAGUUCCCCAUGGUGCAUGAUAGCAAUGUGGAUAAACGUGAACGUCAACAUUUUUCACAGUUGCUACGUGAAAUAAGAAAGGAAUUUAUAAGAGAAAAACGAAAUUAUUUGUUGACUGUUGCUGUUGCUGCACCAGAAACAAUUGUAGACAUAGCGUACGAUGUUGACCAAAUCAAUAUGUAUGUUGACUAUGUGAAUAUAAUGACGUACGAUUUCCAUUCCUUUACUAAAUAUACUCCAUUCACAGGUCUAAAUUCCCCGUUGUAUAGAAAAAGCACUGAAAUAACAUAUAUGGCUACAUUAAAUAUUAACUACACAGUACAAAUGUACUUGAACAAAGGGUUAGAUCGGAGUAGAAUAGUAGUUGGAAUACCUACAUAUGGCCACUCUUUUACAUUAGUAAACGCAAAUAAUGCAAGAGUAGGCAGCCCAGCUUCGGGGUUUGGUGCAUUGGGAGAGUUUGUAAAUUAUCCAGAUAUAUGUAAAUUUAUACAAAAAUUUAAAAAUCAAGUUACCAUAGUGGAAGAUACUGAUGCAAGAGUACCAUAUCUUUACAAAAACCUUGAGUGGGUGUCAUUUGAUUCACCACAAAGUGUGACAGAGAAAGCCAAAUAUAUAAAAGAACAUAACUUGAGGGGUGCAAUGUUAUACUCACUAAAUGCGGAUGACUUUGCUGGAGUUUGUGAUUCAAAGCCGAACGGUAACUUAAGGUUUCCAUUAGCAGAGUCCGUUAAAAAUGUACUCAAAAGUGAACACAAUUAACAAAUAUUUAAAUUUAAAAAAUUAGAGUGAAGCAUUUCACCUAUGGAUGAUUAGAUGUGGGCAUGAAUAAUUAUUUAUGCGUAAUGUUUUAUAAAUGGGUAUGUUGGUAUAGUUCAAUCAAUACCUUUUUUUUUCUGGACACAUAGGUGAUUUUGUACAUAGCGCAGGAUUUCAUAUUAGAGAACGUCACGGCGGCUGUGCGAAUGGUCACAAUUGUUAGAGCGGCAGAGGCGCCCACGCGGGCUCGGCGCCUGCGCGCGCACUGCACUGCGCUCACAUGAAACCGCACGCGCCGCAACAAUUAACUCACCUUAUUAAACUUUUACAGUAUGAAAAAAACGCAAGAAUUCUCGGCGCCGCUUCGCUUACGGUGAGGGUUUCCAGUUGGGCGGCUGCCUCUUUACCACGCGGAAUUCAUUAACUGUAGUAUAAAUUAUAAUUAAUGCUCUAACUGCAUUGAGAAAUAGUUUAAUAAUUUAACACUCAACCUUUUGUUGUUAGACCAAGUUGAUAAAUAUUUGUUACCAUAAACUUAUAAUUUACUAUAGUUAUUGCUUAUUAUCUAUUUUAGUUUAUAAAUAUGCAGAUAUUUUUAUUAAAAAGAAAAUUGUAUUAUGGCUGUGAUAUAAGUUCAAAGUAUAACAAUUUUAAAGUAAUUGGGAAAGCGUGAGAGGUUAUAUUUAUUUGUUAUAAUUUUUCAUUCCAAAUCUCAGAUGAAGUAAAAAUCAUCUGAGUUCCAAAUAUAAAAAUGCAUAGGUAUAACUGUAUGUCAUGUUUUAUUAUAAAAAUUCGGUUGCAGUCAAGUUCUAUAUUAUUUUCAUAAAUUAUGUAAUUUGCGCAAUAUAUUUAUGGAAAGAGGCUCAUUUAAUAUUUUGGUAAACAUGAUCAGCGUAAACACCUCGUGGGCGCUUGGCAUUGAACAGUUGUUCUUGUGGGUGUUAGUUUAACCAAAUGUGGUUAUUGGUGACCUAACAUUUUAUUAUUAUGUAAUAAAUAUAUUAUUAUGUAUCUUCCUAACAUAUAAUUUUAUACACAAUACAAUAUUAUAAUGAUAAAUAU